AUGUGUGUAUGUGUGUUUGUGUGUGUGUGGGCAAGUGGACUUGUUGUUGUUGUUCCCAGCAACACGGACGACAUCCUCUUUGUUUUAUUGUUGGUUUUCUUCUCUCUGCCGCGUGUGGGCGUGUGCGUCGGCUGUUGUGCACAUGAGUCAUCCGUUGAAAAAGUUGUGCAGGGGCAAAGGUCUCAUUUUAGCUGCUGCUGCGGCUGCAUGGCGGAUCGAGCCGUCGUUAUUUUUCUUUUUGCGCAAGAGAAGUUGCUGUUCCGCUACCCAAUCUGCAACCCUUUUACCCUCGAUGUCAACAGCCAAAACACAACAGUCCCCGGCACUCAUACGAAGACGCACGGAAAAUCCUCUGCCGUCGCUGUGGACACAACCACCAACAAAACCAUCACUGCCACAGCCGCUUCACAUGCAAAAACAACAAAAACCGAAGCGUCACAGCAGCAGAAACAACAAAAACAACAGACUUCUACUGCUGCUCCAGCAGGUGUGGGCGUGCGGCACAAACCCCGUACCACGAAGCGAUUGCACCCAACCCCAACAACGACAACAGCCGACUCCAAACAGCUCUCAGACAACGACGGUGAUGGCGCGGUAAAAUCUUCAAUCACAGCCCCAACGGCCUUGUUUUUGACGGACAAACCACCGCGUGCCGGGCGUAGGAGUAGCAACAACAAGAAGGGUAUUAGUAGCCGUAGUAGUAGUAGCAGUGCAAGCGGAGCAAAGGAAGAUGAUGGUACGUGUGUCGGAGUGCAAACACCGGUUCUCGUCCACCUUCUGCGUGCGAGAUUCUCGAGUUGCACGACGAUUCAGUUUGCCGGGGGGACGUUUCUCAUUUACCCGCUGCUUCCGAGCAACGUCAACUCUCGUCGUCUUGAGGCAUCGGAGGCAAUGCGUUCCCACAACUUUGCUGCGGACGAUAUCCUUGUUGACAUGGCUCAUAAUGACGGCGACGACGAAAACAACGAGGAGGACGAGGGAGGGAAAGAGGAGGAUGAAGAGGAAGAGGGAAAACGAAGGAAAGUGCAGGCCAAUGAUCCGUCAGUCUCCUUGUCUCAGGGUGUUGUGCUGGUUGUUGCCAUGAGCCAACCUGACCGCGAAGACGGUGCCAUUGCAAAUCUUUUGCAGAUAUUUAUGAAUAUUCUUGUUCGAGAAGAGCUGCGCUCGAAAUACGUCACGGACCAGGUGUUGCGGAUGGAACAUCGGAUACAUGCAUGGGAAAUGGGAAGUGACGGUGACGGCAAAGACGCUGGUGCCGUCAAGCAUGAUGCAUCACCUUGCCAUGGUCUUCGCGGGGGAAAACGCCUAUCCACAUCGAAUAUGUUUGCGGCGCUGUUGAAGGAUGCAGAGUUAUCGCUCUGUAAAGAGAUUUCUCUUCUUGCGCAGCAUAUAACCGCCGCCAAAAUUAACGGCAAGAAAGAUGAUGGUACUGUGGUCCCAGCAUUUUCCCCAGCUACUCACCCACCCCAUACCCAACGAGGUGGUGUCGGAAACACCGGCAGCAACAAGCAGAAGAAUAUUAGUAAUAUUGGUAAUAGCAUCAGCAGUGCUGGUGGGAGUAAUAAUAGCAGUGGGAAUGUUUCCAGUGCGGCCUCAAACCAGGGUGGGGUGCCGGAGCUUUUAGUCCGUGGAUUAUUCAGUGUACCCGUGGCAUCUAUUUUGGGGCACCCCAGGCCUGUACCGUACCAUGCGUCAGCCUACGUGAGGCAAAAUCCGAACUACAUUAUGACACUAGAAGAUCCAUGUUUUGUUGAACGUUUGGCAAAACCGUACAUUGAGGCUGUUGGCUGGCGUGCGUCACAGUUGCUGCCUCUGAGUACCAUACACACGGUCCUAGGGACUCUCCCCCUUCCCUGGCGCGUCGGUGGGUUGUACCGUGCUCUGGAGCUGAGUUUGACAGGGGCCAUACAUCAGCGUCAAGGGAUGAAGCAGCAACAGCAACUGAGCUUAUCAGCUGGGAGCAAUAGCAAUUUUCGCUUAGGGUGGGUAAGAACGGAAGAAAGUUUUACAAUGGAGGGCAGUAAUGCCUUCUCACUCGAGGAUCAAAACUUUAGAUUGGACUGCGAUGCUCUUAUUGUAGAGGCGGUGGAGUUCCUUCGCUUGAGUGGGGUGCUGGCGAUAGAUGCUGAGAUAUCAGUCGUAUUCACACAUAGUGAUCUUCUUCCCGAGGCAGGUAUUGCACGCUGGUCAGGUCAGAAGAAGUGCAGAGCCGAUGCAUCAUGUCCAUUGCCUGCUAUGAAGAUUCCACCGACAACAACAAAUAUGCCCUCCCAUCAGGAUUAUUCGCUUCUGAAACCAAAACCCCCGCUGCCAGUGGCCCCCGCGUCCAUGAUAGGAUUGCUGGUGUUUGAGGCAAUGCGGUCGUCAGGCAUCACCGCUCCAGGCAGCAGUGGUGAUUUGAAAUCCCCUUUAUUUAGUAGCGAUGAUUUUGCGGAAGCGUCUGUGUCAGCGCAAACCCUUACGAUGAUGACAUCAACCUCUUCAUCCCCUCCCGUGUUUCCUUCGAAUAACAUGGGUGGAAGUGAUAUUCCCCAGUUGGAAGUGUAUUGUGCCUGGGGAAAUGCGUGUACCAUAUGCGAGGAGUUAGCCUCCACACCGUAUGCUUGGCGGGUCGGCAACUCGCCUGUUCGUUUGUCUUUUCCGUUUCUCGCUCCUGCCGUUGCGGAUGCCGCAGCCCGGCGCGGCCGGCAGGGCGUCCGCCUGAUUGACCCCGAGUGCUGUAGGUUGAUGGCGGAUCAACGACCGUGGUUCACACGUCCCAGCAAGUUUGCAACGCCGGCGGCUCUGGCCGAUGGUUCGCCGGUGCAAGUGUACCGUCACCUUACACGAGGAUACGGUGAGGGAGCAGGGCAAAAAGUGAAGGGCGCCAUGGAGGACAAUGACGGUCGGUCGCUUGUUUGUUGCGCGGCAGAGUUGGGAGGAUACACGAAGCAGAACAUACCGACAAACAAUGAAAAGUUCACGGCCAUCACGCCUGGCGGCAUACCGGCCAUGGCGCGAGAAUGGUUGGCUAAAAAUUGCAGCGCUAUCGGGAGCCGACUUGCGGAGGCGAUGAAGCAGAGACAGGCCUUGGAGGAAAAUGCCAAGAAACUGACGGAGCAACGCCGCGCGGCUGUGGCUGCGGCUGCUGGCGGAGAAACGACAGCUGUUUUUACAAGUGCAAGUGGCAGCAAUAGUAGAGCGCAGUAUUCCCUAUCGGCAACUCAACGCUACCACAAGCGGGUUUCUUGCUCACCGAAGUCUGUGCCUGGAGUCACAGGGGUAGUUCUCCCGCUCUCUCCAAUUUCCCUUACCCCCUCUCAUGAAUCGUCCUCAUCGUUUCGCCAUCACCGUCUUGCUGGAGAUGGUCACGUUUGCGCCGUCACACGUCUGAUCAGUACUGAGCGUGUUGUUCCAUUUGAGGCGCUCAUGCAGUUUGUAUUUCACCACGCCGUUGCGCUACUGUGGGGGAAGCCGGGUAUUGGUGUGGAAACGUUGUUGUAUUUGCUGGAGUGUAAUCUUCGUCGACUACGGCCUUUUUUGGUACACUACGCGUACAUUCAGCAACUGACGAACGCCACUGGUAUUUCAAGUGAUACCGCGUCGUGCUCAUCAGCACAGCUGGUGCGGUCUGUCUCUACACAUUCUGGUUUGAAUUCUUUCAACGCCUUCCAGGCCCAUCCGUCUUCCCUUUCAAACAGUAACAUCCGAGACAGGGAAAAGGGGAAGAAAAAGAGUAAAAAGGAGGAGGAGGCCCUAUCGGAUCUAGAACAGCAAUUGCUGGAUUCAUACGCUGUAUUCACAGAACUUUCGCUUAUGGAUUUGUUGAAGAAGUUAAAUGGGAUGACAGUUGAGGUGGUACCAACGCGUCUGCUGCUACACACCGUUGUGAAUGCCUUUGCAGAUGUACUGCUCAUAGGGAGAGGUCAUAAUGCUGGGAGUAGCAGAAGUAGCAGAAGCAGUAGUAGUAGUAGUAUUGAUGACGAUGAUGAUGAUGCUGUUGGAUAA